AUGUCUGGUUUUCUUUCCCCAUAUCGAGGAGAAAGAUAUCAUUUGAAUCAAUAUGCAGAUCGUAAUCCUUCAGGAAAAAGGGAGUUGUUCAAUUAUCGACAUUCGUCUUUGAGAAAUGUCAUCGAGCGGUGCUUUGGCGUAUUGAAGGCUCGCUUUCCUAUUUUAAAGCAAAUGCCUUCCUAUGAUCUAAAAAUACAAAAGUACAUUGUGAUUGCCUGUUGUGGAAUUCAUAAUUUUAUAAGGACAAAUGCAGAAAAAGACGUAUAUUUUGAUGGAGAUGAAGACAUUCCUGAAGUACAAGAUGCUACUAUACAAAGCACCCACGAAACUUUGAAUGAUAGUGUUGAGUUUAGCAUUUCAAGAGAUCAACUUCGUGAAAUGGCUAAUGUCCGUGAUGAAAUUGCUGAUCAUAUAUGGAAAGCAAAUCGACGAUGA